AAUUUUUUAUUUUAUUUUUUACAGAAACCAUACCUAUUUUCUUAUGACAAUUAAAUACAUUUGACAGAAGGGAGCAUACAAGAGACCAGACAGACAAGACAAGCAGGACGGGACUGGACAGACAAGACAGGACAGACAAGACUGGACCAAACGGACAAGACAGAGGCAGAGGGGCUGCGCUGUUUGGACAAAGCUGGUUCACUCUGUGGAGCUAUUAUGCAUCAUGACUCCAUCCGCUCCUCGUCCGUGUUCCUCUUCUCCAAGAGAAGCUCCUCCCUGAUAUCCGCCCGCGACGUCCCUCAAAACUUCGCCGAAACGCUGCCGACAGAAAUGAGCGUGAGGAUCUUCGGCGAGCUGGACGCGGAGAGUCUGUGCAGCGCCUCGCGCACCUGCAAGCUGUGGCACCACAUCAUCGAGGGGAGCGACCAGGUGUGGAGGAGGCAGUGUCUGCUGGUCCGAGCCGUCUGCCAGAGGGAGGUCGACAGCGACCGCAGCGACGGCCUCUCCUGGAAGGUGGGUCGACUUUUAGGUCAAGUCAACUUUAUCUAUAAAGCCCAUUAUCACAAUUCACAGUUUGCCUCAGACGGCUUUACAGCGUACGACAUCCCUCUGACUUUAGACCCUCACAUCGACUGAGAAAACCCCCAAAAAACCCUGUAACGGGGUAAAAAUGUGUCGUUCUCCCCUUUCAUAUUUGAAUAUUUCUUCAUACUGAGGUAUGUAAACAGUCUUAGAAUUGCAUAAAGUGGAUUAAGAGGUUAAAGUGCAGCACAAAAAAACUGAUAAUGGUCCAGGUCUUAAAGGGUUAACUUUGUUGUGGU